CCCACUCCCUAUGUAGAUAUAAAUGGCUCAUUUUAAGCAUGUGUGUUGGUGUGUGCGCCUCCUGUCUCUCCCGGCUCCGCUGUUGUUCGCCGCCGCCACAGAUGAGCUGGGAAGAGGAGGGAAAGCGGAUGUAUCUGGCCAGAGGAAAACGGGAGGAGUUUGGAUCGGUGUGAGUGCAGCAGGGGGCUCCCUGGCUGAGGAGCUGGAGGGCUGAUGAUGGAUCUAAAGGAGAGCUGUGGCAGUCAAGGGAGCCAGGAGAGCUCCAGCCUGCGCCCAACCUCCUGGCAGGCCUUCGCUCACACCAGCACGCUGCACGGCCUGCGCUUCGUCUUCCCUUACGGUCAGCCCAGUGCACGCCGCUUGCUCUGGGCCGCGGCUCUGCUCGCCUGCCUGGGACUGUUGGCCCUGGAGAGCGCCGAGCGCCUGGCCUAUUUCCUCUCCUACCCUCAUGUGACCAGCUUGGACGCCGUGGUGUCGAGCAGCUUAGUCUUCCCAGCAGUAACCAUUUGUAACCUAAACGCUUACCGCUUCAGCCGCCUCACGCGUAACGACCUGUACCACGCCGGAGAGCUGCUGGCCCUGCUGGAUGUGCAUCUGACAAUCCCCCAGCCGCACUUGGCCGAACCCGACGUGCUGGCUUUCCUGCAGGAAAAAGCCAACUUCACCGCCUACAGGCCCAAGGCGUUCAGCAUGAAGGAGUUCAUCGAAAGAGUCGGGCACGACCUGAAAGAGAUGAUGCUCUACUGCCGCUACCAAGGCCAAGAGUGCAGCCACAGCGACUUCAAAACCGAUCAAUGUAGAAACCAAUCCAGGGACAGACACGAACCCGCAGAGGGACAGGUGUUCACCAGGUACGGCAAGUGCUACAUGUUCAACGCCGCAGAGGAGGGCAAGACGCUCCGCACCACCAUGAAGGGAGGGACGGGUAACGGCCUGGAGAUCAUGCUGGACAUCCAGCAGGACGAGUACCUGCCGGUGUGGGGGGACACGGAGGAUACAGCCUUCGAGGCAGGUGUGCGGGUGCAGAUCCACAGCCAGGUGGAGCCCCCGUUCGUUCACGAGCUGGGCUUUGGCGUGGCCCCUGGCUUCCAGACUUUUGUAGCCACACAGGAGCAGAGGCUGACCUACCUGCCUCCCCCGUGGGGAGAGUGCGAGUCGAAGGCUCUGGAGUCUGGCUUCUUCCAGGUCUACAGCGUAACCGCUUGUAGGAUUGACUGUGAAACACGUUACAUCGUUGAGAACUGCAACUGCAGGAUGGUGCACAUGCCAGGUGAUGCUUCAUACUGUACGCCUGAGCAGUACAAAGACUGCGCUGAGCCUGCCCUUGCUAAACUGUCGGCUUUGGAGAGCAGUAACUGCAUGUGCAGGACACCAUGCAACAUGACGCGCUACAACAAAGAGCUGUCCAUGGUCAAAAUCCCCAGCAAGACCUCAGCCCGCUACCUGCAGAAGAAGUUCAACAAGUCGGAGAAGUAUAUUACAGACAACAUCCUGGUGUUGGACGUGUUCUUUGAAGCUCUGAACUAUGAGACCAUCGAGCAGAAGAAAGCCUAUGAGGUGGCAGGCUUGCUGGGUGACAUUGGGGGUCAGAUGGGUCUGUUCAUUGGAGCCAGCAUCCUCACCAUCCUAGAGCUGUUCGACUAUGCUUAUGAGGUAGUCAAAGACAGACUACUGGAUCUACUGAGCAGAGAGGAGGAGGAGGAGAGUCAUGGAGAGGAUGUGAGUUCCUGUGACCCGGUGGCAAACCACUCUGAGUCCAUCAGCCACACUGUGACAGUGCCCCUGCAGACUACGCUGGGCACCCUGGAGGAGAUUGCCUGCUGAGGCCCUCCCUCCUUCCCCUCAGAGCCACACACACACCAAGAGGCUGCCUCCAUUGGGUGGUGCUAUGUCCUCUGUUUGGGCACCCUGCAGGACCUUUACAGGGGAGGGGAAGAGACAAGGACAAAUACAAGGGUUGGUCUGAGGACAGCGCUGUGCUCUGUCACACCGCCCUGUCUGAGGCACUAAUGGGGAUUAAGGAGCUGUCGGCUGGACUUAUCAGCCCUCUCUGUCACCCUGCACUGUACUGUAGUGGGAGGGCAGCCUCUGCUGUGCCAGACAUGCAUUGGGGUCUGUGUCUCCACAUCCACACACACACAGAAAUUCAGAGACUGGGUGGGGCAACUACCCAGAGGGGGGCUCAUCCCUGUGCAGCAUAUCUAUGUAACAAACACAUUCAUAUGUCGCUCACUGCCAAAAUGAACUGUACAAAAUUGGUUUCAAACUGUCCAAACUGCAUGCGUUGAUCUAUCUUGCUCUCUUUGCUGAUGCAUACGUUGGACUGCAGUGUUGCUUUACUGUACAUGUGUGCCAUUUGUCUCUCUAUCUGCAGGACCGGCCCAUGACAAGGGCCCAGGUGAGAUAUCAAACUUCGAAUGUACAGAUUGAACAUAUGGUUGUUUAAAAUCAUAGUUCAGAUGUGACUAAUCCAUCUUUGAAAAUCUAUUCUAAUGAGCGAUUUAUCAAAAAAUGGGGGCUGGUGAUGUGUGAGUAUUACUGAGGGAAAAAAAAACAAAACACCUGAACUUUCUGUUUUGUUUACUGAAAACAGAGUGAAAUCUUAAACAUUUUGUAGGCCACAUUUUGCUUUUUUUUUUUUUUUUUUUUCACCUGUCAGUUUCAGUUUAAUCAGUUUACUAAAAGGCAUGUUUACUAUGUGACUCCCGGGGUGCUAAGCUGUUCUCGACAGACAUCUUUAAAGGGAUGUCAUACUCUUACUGUUAAUUUAUGUGAAUAAAUGACUGGCUUCUAGUUGCUGCACCUCACCACAACACCCAGCUAAGUGAGGUGGAAUCUGAAUUUAUUUGCCUGCCAGACAGCAAGCCGUGUACAAAACGCUCCAGUGAAAGAAUAUGCCCAGGGUGUUGUCAAACCAUUAUAUUUCAUUAACAGAAUGGGGUGACAUUUUGGACAGCUAUACCAUUUUAUCAAAGAUGUCAUCAUUUUGUCCUUCACCAAAAACAAUAACCCUGGCUUGACUAUUUUAAAUAAUUUUCAUGAUUAUAAAAAUGAUUGCAAAAGUACCAUGAGGACGGUUCAGCCAGAAUUUUUUUUUUUUUUUUUUUUAGGAUACAGGGUCUGCUGUAUUAUGGUGUAAAUAUCUGUGUUUUUUUUUCUCAUAAAAACGGGUACCAUGCAGACAUGCCUGAAGCAGAUCUAAUUUAAAAGAACUUUGGUGAAACAUCAACACCUGGUCCACAAGUGACUACAUAUUGGUCACAUUUGUUUUGUAAUAUUACUCAAAUUGCAGCUCUCCGUAGGUGAGAAUGUCAUGUAACAGGCAGUAGCAUUUUGGGGUAUUUGAAUGUCAAGCGAGCACCUGGCAUCUUUUUCAAAAACAUCUGAAUCUACAGUGUCCUCAGAAACAACAGUUGGCUUUACACCAAAUGGUUGUGUUGAGACCAUUUGGAAGAUUUAGUGUAUCUGAGUUUGCUAUUUCUAGUCCAUGAUCAUCCUAGCAUGGUCUCUGUCAUCAUGGUAAUGUACAUUACAGGUAGGAAUGAAUUCAAGUGCUUUGUGAGACUGUUUGAAUUAUGAUUUCCCAUCUGUGCUUCAAACUGCCGUCGCUGUGUACUAUCUCAUGUUGUGGCUUCAGACGAACACAAUCCUCAGUCGACCUGCAGGGGUGUGAGACAAAACGUGUCUAGCGACUCCUGGUGGCAACGACACUGGCUGUUUCUUCUCUCUACUUUGGCUUCAAUCGCUAUCGCAGGACAGCGUUUUCUCAUUUUGUGAUGCAGCAUACAGUGUGUGUUUUUAAUG